CCGUGUCCGUCCUGGAGGAAGGAUGGGCUCGCCGUCGGCCGCGGGGUGUCUGCUGGGAGCCCGUGGCGUGGCCGGUGCGUGCCGAGGCCGUCUCCCGGCCUCUUCCUGUCCUCUCUGUGGGAGACUUCCCGCAAGUUGUGCGGAGCUGGCCUGAGCGGGAGGCUGCGCGUGUGCUUGGUGUCCGUGGUGCGGCGGUGUGGGAGCAGAUGCCGAGGACUGGCGUUUAGUCCUUGCUGGUGAUUGAGAGUUCAUCGGGGCCUCGAGUCCCCACCCCUGGAUCCCCGUCGCCAUGUCAGGGUCCACGCAGCCUGUGGCACAGACGUGGAGGGCCACGGAGCCCCGCUACCCACCCCACGGCAUCUCCUACCCGGUGCAGAUCGCCCGGCCCCACACGGAUGUCGGGCUGCUCGAGUACCAGCACCGCCCGCGAGACUACGCCUCGCACCUGUCGCCCGGCUCCAUCAUCCAGCCCCAGAGGAGGAGGCCCUCCCUGCUGUCCGAGUUCCAGCCCGGGAAUGAACGGUCCCAGGAGCUCCACCUGCGGCCCGAGCCGCACACGUACCUGCCCGAGCUGGGCAAGUCAGAGUUGGAGUUCAUGGAGAGCAAGCGCCCGCGCCUGGAGCUGCUGCCCGAGCCCCUGCUGCGGCCCUCGGCCCUGCUGGCCACAGGCCAGCCCGGAGCCUCUGACGACCUCACCAAGGAUCGCAGCCUGACGGGCAAGCUGGAGCCUGUGUCUCCGCCCAGCCCUCCCCAUGCUGACCCCGAGCUGGAACUGGUCCCUCCACGGCUGUCCAAGGAGGAGCUGAUCCAGAACAUGGACCGCGUGGACCGCGAGAUCACCAUGGUGGAGCAGCAGAUCUCGAAGCUGAAGAAGAAGCAGCAACAGCUGGAGGAGGAGGCCGCCAAGCCGGCUGAGCCGGAGAAGCCAGUGUCACCGCCGCCCAGCGAGGCCAAGCACCGGAGCCUCGUGCAGAUCAUCUACGACGAGAACCGGAAGAAGGCCGAGGCUGCGCACCGAAUUCUGGAAGGCCUGGGGCCCCAGGUGGAGCUGCCGCUGUACAACCAGCCCUCCGACACCCGGCAGUACCAUGAGAACAUCAAAAUAAACCAGGCCAUGCGGAAGAAGCUGAUCCUGUACUUCAAGAGGAGGAACCACGCGCGGAAGCAAUGGGAGCAGAAGUUCUGCCAGCGCUAUGACCAGCUCAUGGAGGCCUGGGAGAAGAAGGUGGAGCGCAUUGAGAACAACCCGCGGCGGCGGGCCAAGGAGAGCAAGGUGCGCGAGUACUACGAGAAGCAGUUCCCCGAGAUCCGCAAGCAGCGCGAGCUGCAGGAGCGCAUGCAGAGCAGGGUGGGCCAGCGGGGCGGCGGGCUCUCCAUGGCGGCCGCCCGCAGCGAGCAUGAGGUUUCGGAGAUCAUCGACGGCCUCUCGGAGCAGGAGAACCUGGAGAAGCAGAUGCGCCAGCUGGCCGUGAUCCCGCCGAUGCUGUACGACGCCGACCAGCAGCGCAUCAAGUUCAUCAACAUGAACGGGCUCAUGGACGACCCCAUGAAGGUGUACAAGGACCGCCAGGUCACCAACAUGUGGAGCGAGCAGGAGAAGGACACCUUCCGGGAGAAGUUCAUGCAGCAUCCGAAGAACUUCGGCCUGAUCGCCUCGUUCCUGGAGAGGAAGACAGUGGCCGAGUGUGUGCUCUAUUACUACCUGACCAAGAAGAACGAGAACUACAAGAGCCUGGUGAGGCGGAGCUAUCGGCGCCGGGGCAAGAGCCAGCAGCAGCAACAGCAGCAGCAGCAGCAGCAGAUGCCCCGCAACAGCCAGGAGGAGAAGGAGGAGAAGGAGAAGGAGGCGGAGAAGGAGGAGGAGAAGCCGGACGUGGAGCACGACCGGGAGGAGCUCGCCAAGGAGAAGACAGACGACACCUCGGGGGAAGACAACGAUGAGAAGGAGGCCGUGGCCUCCCGUGGCCGCAAGACGGCCAACAGCCAGGGGCGGCGCAAGGGCCGCAUCACGCGUUCCAUGGCCAGCGAGGCGCACAGCGAGGAGGCCGCCACGCCGCAGCAGAGCGCCGAGCUGGCUUCCAUGGAGAUGAACGAGAGCUCCCGCUGGACCGAGGAGGAGAUGGAGACGGCCAAGAAAGGUCUCCUGGAACAUGGCCGGAACUGGUCGGCCAUCGCCCGCAUGGUGGGCUCCAAGACUGUGUCUCAGUGUAAGAACUUCUACUUCAACUACAAGAAGAGGCAGAACCUCGACGAGAUCCUGCAGCAGCACAAGCUGAAGAUGGAGAAGGAGAGGAACGCGCGGAGGAAGAAGAAGAAGGCCCCGGCCGUGGCCAGCGAGGAGGCCGCCUUCCCGCCCGCCGUGGAGGACGAGGAGAUGGAGGCGUCGGGCGCCAGCGGCAACGAGGAGGAGAUGGCGGAGGAAGCGGAAGCCUUACACGCCUCUGGGAGUGAGGUGCCCAGAGGAGAAUGUGGCGGCGGUCAAGCUGCCGUCAACAACAGCUCCGACACCGAGAGCAUCCCCUCCCCUCGCACUGAGACCACCAAGGACACGGGGCAGAAUGGGCCCCAGCCCCCACCCACGCCUGGGGUCGCCGCACCACCCCCGGAACCUCCCACCCCACUGCCAGAAGACAACCCGGCCCCCACGGAGCCCAGCCCCGCCCCCAAAGCUGCCAGCCCCCCCACACCCCCGCCCGCACCCACCUCGCCUGCGGCUCCCCCUCCAGGGGUCCCCAAGGAGGAGAAAGAGGAAGAGGCCACGACAGCACCCCCAGCAGAGGAGGGGGAAGAACAGAAGGUGCCCGAGGCCCCAGAGCUGGUGGUAGACACGGGGAAGACGGAGGAGCCCGGGCCACCCCCCGAGGAGCCCACCAAGAGCGAGUGUAAGGACGAGGCCCAGGACGAGGGGCCGCACCAGGGCAAGGGGGCAGAGCCCAGCUUGGAGGCCACCCCGGAGGCGGCGCUCAAGGUGGAGAAGAAGGAAAGUGUGGUCAGCAAGGCCGCUGUGGCCAAGGGCUCAGGCGCGCCCCAGGACAGCGACUCCAGCGCCACGUGCAGCGCCGACGAGGUGGACGAGCCCGAGGGUGGCGACAAGAGCAGGCUGCUGUCCCCCAGGCCCAGUCUCCUGGGCCCCACCGGCGACCCCAGGGCCAACGCCUCACCUCAGAAGCCACUGGACCUGAAGCAGCUGAAGCAGCGGGCGGCCGCCAUCCCCCCCAUCCAGCUCACCCGGGAGGAUGCUGCCCCCGCGAAGCCGGCUCCCACCGCCCCCCCAACACCGCAGCACCUGCAGCCGGAGAGCGACGGUCCCCAGCAGCCCGGUAGCAGCCCUCGGGGCAAGAGCAGGAGCCCCGCGCCCCCCGCCGAGAAGGAGGCCGAGAAGCCUGCGUUCUUCCCAGCCUUUGCGGCCGAGGGCCAGAAGCUUCCCGCUGAGCCCCCGUGCUGGGCGUCAGGCCUGCCUUUCCCCGUGCCCCCGCGUGAGCUGAUCAAGGCCUCGCCACACGCCCCGGACCCCUCGGCCUUCUCCUACGCGCCCCCCGGUCACCCGCUGCCCCUGGGCCUCCAUGACAGCGCCCGGCCCGUCCUGCCACGCCCACCCGCCAUCUCCAACCCGCCGCCCCUCAUCUCCUCCACCAAGCACCCCAGCGUCCUCGAGAGACAGGGAAUGUCGGUGCAGCUGCACGUCCCCUACUCUGAGCACGCCAAGGCCCCCGUCGGCCCCAUCACCAUGGGGCUGCCACUCGCCAUGGACCCCAAGAAGCUGGCGCCCUUCAGUGCCGUGAAGCAGGAGCAGCUGUCCCCACGGGGCCAGGCUGGGCCGCCCGAGAGCCUGGGGGCGCCCACGGCACAGGAGACGUCUGUGCUGAGAGGCACAGCUCUGGGCUCCGUUCCGGGUGGAAGCAUCACCAAGGGCAUCCCUGGCCCCCGUGUGCCCCCUGAGAGCACCAUCAGCUACCGCGGCUCCAUCACCCACGGCACGCCGGCCGACGUCCUGUACAAGGGCACCAUCACCAGGAUCAUCGGGGAAGACAGCCCCAGCCGGCUGGAGCGCGCCCGGGAGGACGGCCCGCCCAAGGCCCACGUCAUCUACGAGGGCAAGAAGGGCCACGUGCUGUCCUACGAGGGUGGCAUGCCUGCAUCCCAGGUCUCCAGAGAGGAUGGCAGGAGCAGCUCGGGCCCUCCCCACGAGCCGGCCGCCCCCAAGCGCACCUACGACAUGAUGGAGGGCCGGGUCGCCAGAGCCAUCUCCUCGGCCAGCAUCGAGGGUCUCAUGGGCCGCGCCAUCCCACCUGAGCGCCACAGCCCCCACCACCUGAAAGAGCAGCACCACAUCCGUGGCUCCAUCACGCAAGGGAUCCCGCGCUCCUACGUGGAGGCCCAGGAGGACUACCUGCGGCGUGAGGCCAAGCUCCUGAAGCGCGAGGGCACGCCCCCGCCACCACCGCCGCCACGGGACCUGGCCGAGGCCUACAAGCCCCGGCCCCUGGAGGCGCUGGGCCCCUUGAAGCUGAAGCCGGCCGCCGAGGGCCUGGUGGCCACCGUCAAGGAGGCCGGCCGCUCCAUCCACGAGAUCCCGCGCGAGGAGCUGCGGCGCACGCCUGAGCUGCCCCUGGCCCCGCGGCCGCUCAAGGAGGGCUCCAUCACGCAGGGCACCCCGCUCAAGUACGACACCGGCGCGUCCUCCACUGGCUCCAAGAAGCACGACGUGCGCUCCAUCAUCGGCAGCCCCGGCCGGACGUUCCCCGCCGCCGUGCACCCACUGGACGCCAUGGCCGACGCGCGGGCCCUGGAGCGCGCCUGCUACGACGACAGCCUCAAGAGCCGGCCCGCGGCUGUCGGCGGUGCAGGCGGCUCCAUCACCCGCGGGGCUCCGGUCAUCGUGCCCGAGCUGGGCAAGCCGCGGCAGAGCCCCCUGACCUACGAGGACCACGGGGCGCCCUUCGCCAGCCACCUGCCGCGGGGCUCCCCUGUGACCACGCGGGAGCCCACGCCGCGCCUGCAGGAGGGCAGCCUGUCGUCCAGCAAGGCGUCCCAGGAUCGGAAGCUGACGUCCACGCCCCGUGAGCUUGCCAAGUCCCCGCACAGCACCGUGCCCGAGCACCACGCCCACCCCAUCUCGCCCUAUGAGCACCUGCUCCGGGGAGUGAGCGGCAUGGACCUGUACCGGGGCCACAUCCCGCUGGCCUUCGACCCCACCUCCAUUCCCCGCGGGAUCCCUCUGGACGCAGCUGCCGCGUAUUACCUGCCCCGGCACCUGGCCCCCAACCCCAGCUACCCGCACCUGUACCCACCCUACCUCAUCCGCGGCUACCCCGACACGGCGGCGCUGGAGAACCGCCAGACCAUCAUCAACGACUACAUCACCUCGCAGCAGAUGCACCACAACGCGGCCACCGCCAUGGCCCAGCGCGCCGACAUGCUGAGGGGCCUGACUCCCCGCGACCCCUCGCUGGCGCUCAGCUACGCCGCCGGCCCGCGAGGUAUCAUCGACCUGUCCCAAGUGCCACACCUGCCCGUGCUGGUGCCCCCGACGCCGGGCACGCCAGCCACCGCCAUGGACCGCCUCGCUUACCUCCCUGCCGCGCCCCAGCCCUUCAGCAGCCGGCACAGCAGCUCCCCACUCUCCCCAGGAGGUCCCACCCACUUGACUAAAGCAACCAGCGCCGCCUCGUCGGAGCGGGAGCGGGAGCGAGACCGGGAGCGGGACCGGGAGAAGUCCAUCCUCGCGUCCACCACGACGGUGGAGCACGCGCCCAUCUGGAGACCGGGUACGGAGCAGAGCAGCGGCGGCAGCGGCGGCGGGGGUGGGGGCAGCAGCAGCCGCCCCGCCUCCCACUCCCACUCCCACCAGCACUCGCCCAUCUCCCCCCGGACCCAGGACGUCCUGCAGCAGAGGCCCAGUGUGCUGCACAACACGGGCGUGAAGGGCGCCACCGCCUCCGGGGAGCCCAGCACGCCCACAGUCCUGAGGUGGGCCAGGUCCACCUCCACCUCCUCGCCUGUCCGCCCGGCUGCCACAUUCCCGCCCGCCACGCACUGCCCGCUGGGUGGCACCCUGGACGGGGUCUACCCGACCCUCGUGGAGCCUGUGUUGCUGCCCAAGGAGGCCCCCCGGGGCGCCCGGCCCGAGCGGCCCCGCGCAGACGCCGGCCACACCUUCCUCGCCAAGCCCCCAGCCCGCGAGCCUGCCUCCUCCCCCGGCAAGGGCUCCGAGCCCCGGCCCCUGGCGCCCCCCGGCUCCAGCCACGCGGCCAUCGCCCGCACCCCGGCGAAGAGCCUCGCACCCCAGCACGCCAGCCCGGACCCAGCGGCGGCGCCCGCCUCGGCCUCGGCCCCCGACCUGCACCGGGAAAAGACUCAGAGUAAACCCUUUUCCAUCCAGGAACUGGAGCUCCGAUCUCUGGGUUACCACGGCGGCAGCUACAGUCCUGACGGGGUGGAACCCGUGAGCCCCGUGAGCUCGCCCAGCCUGAGCCACGACAAGGCGGUCCCCAAGCACCUGGAGGAGCUCGACAAGAGCCACCUAGAGGGGGAGCUGCGGCACAAGCAGCCAGGCCCCGUGAAGCUCGGCGGGGAAGCCGCCCACCUCCCGCACCUGCGGCCGCUGCGCGAGAGCCAGCCCUCUUCCAGCUCCCUGCUGCAGCCCACCCCCGGGGUCAAGGGUCACCAGCGGGUCGUCACCCUGGCCCAGCACAUCAGUGAGGUCAUCACGCAGGACUACACACGGCACCACCCGCAGCAGCUCAGCGCGCCCCUGCCCGCCCCCCUCUACUCCUUCCCUGGGGCCAGCUGCCCCGUCCUGGACCUGCGCCGCACGCCCAGUGACCUCUACCUCCCAACCCCAGAACACGGCCCACCGGCCCGCGGCUCCCCGCACAGCGAGGGGGGCAAGAGGUCCCCAGAACCAAACAAGACGUCGGCCCUGUGCAGCAGUGAGGAUGCCGUGGAGCCCGUGUCCCCACCGGAGGGCGUGGCUGAGCCGGGCCGCCCGCGGAGCGCCGUGUACCCACUGCUGUACCGGGACGGGGAGCAGGCGGAGCCCAGCAGGAUGGGCUCCAAGUCCCCCGGCAACACCAGCCAGCCGCCGGCCUUCUUCAGCAAGCUGACUGAGAGCAACUCCGCCAUGGUCAAGUCCAAGAAGCAAGAGAUCAACAAGAAGCUAAACACCCACAACCGGAAUGAGCCGGAAUACAAUGUCGGCCAGCCUGGGACAGAGAUCUUCAACAUGCCCGCCAUCACCGGAGCAGGCCUUAUGACCUGCAGGAGCCAGGCGCUGCAGGAGCAUGCCAGCGCCAACAUGGGGCUGGAGGCCAUUAUUAGAAAGGCCCUCAUGGGUAAAUAUGACCAGGGGGCCGACCCCCCGCCACUCAGCGCCCAUGCUUUUAACCCUCUGAAUGCCAGUGCCAGCCUGCCCGCUGCUAUGCCCAUAACCACUGCUGACGGACGGAGCGACCACGCGCUCGGCUCGCCAGGGGGCAGCGGGAAGACGAAGCUCUCUGGCCGACCCAGCAGCCGAAAAGCCAAGUCCCCGGCCCCGGGCCUGGCGUCCGGGGACCGGCCACCCUCCGUCUCCUCGGUGCACUCGGAGGGAGACUGUAACCGCCGGACGCCACUCACCAACCGCGUGUGGGAGGACCGGCCCUCGUCGGCAGGCUCCACGCCCUUCCCCUACAAUCCCCUGAUCAUGCGGCUGCAGGCGGGCGUCAUGGCCUCCCCGCCCCCGCCUGGCCUCCCCGCGGGCCCCCACCCUGCCUGGGACGAGGAGCCCAAGCCGCUGCUCUGCUCGCAGUACGAGACGCUCUCCGACAGCGAGUGACCCCCUCCCCACGCACGGGGCGGGGGCAGCAGGGGCGGCCCCCCGCCGAGGAAGGAGCCCCCGAGUGCGCCUGCGCAUCCGUCCAUCCGUCACGCAGAGCUGGCAUCCUUGCCUGUCUGAAGCCUUAACUGGGACCCCGCCCCGGGCUGGCCCUGUGCAGUGACCUUACUCAGGGGAUGCUUACCUGGUGCUCGGGAGGGGAGGGGAGGGGAGAGCAGGGGCCACGCGCGCGCGGCCGGGGCGGCCAGGGACCCAAAGCAGGACGGCCACGCACCUCCACGCCCGCGCCUCCCCCCUUAACGCAUCUGGAACCAAAGUCUAAACCGGGCUGGCAGCCCCGCCCCUCCCUCCGCCUCCCGUCCCGCUUAGCACUCUGGACAGACGGACACAGGCGCCGUGCAGGCCCCCCUCCCCGCCGCGGGCUGCUCCAGCCCCUGAGACUGCUGGGAACCAAGUCAGGCCAGGUGGGUGGGAGGGAGCAGGUGUACAUGAUGUAUUGGUUUACAGGGUAUAUUUUUGAUACCUUCGAUGAAUUAACUCAGAUGUUUCCCGCGAGGAAGGACUCACCCAGUGUUACUGCUGCUUCCAACCUCUGCUUCCCACUCAGGGGGCGCGUGCAGGCGACAGGCGGUGACCCCAUCGUCCGCGGGGCUGCCCCGCCCCCGCGGCCUCCCUCCCUUCCUUGGGCAGAAUGAAUUCGACGCGUAUUCCGUGGCCGCCGUCUGCGCGCGGCCGUGACAUUCUGUCAUUUACACACGUGGUUCUAAUUAAAAAGCGAAUUAUA